GAAAAGAUAUCUUAGGCAAAGUUUCCAAGAGUUCGAGCUCAGCCACCUUACAAUUUCGUUUGGCCUGUCUAGCUUGCUUUAAUCUGCGACGAUGGCUUCUCGUCAUGAACAGGCAAGCUACCGCGCCGGGGAGACCGAGGCCCGCGCCGAGGAGAAGACCGGGUACGUGAUGGGCGCGGCGCAUGAGAAGGCGCGGGAGGCCAAGGACACGGCGUCCGACGCCGCGAGCCGCGCGAUGAGCAGGGGCCACGACGCCAAGGAAACCACCAAAGAGAAGGCGCGCGAGGCCGCGGACCGAAGCAUGGGGAUGGGCCACGACGCCAAGGAGGCGACCAAGGACAAGGCCUACGAGGCCGAGGACACGGCCUCCGACGCCGGGGGCCGCGCCAUGGACAAGGGCCGCGGCGCCGCGGAGGCCACCAAGGAGAAGGGGUACGAGGCCAAGGACAAGGCGUGCGAGACGGCCAGCGCAGCCGGGGACCGCGCCCGCGACGGCGCGCAGCAGACCGGGUGCUACAUUUCGCCGACAGCCGAAGUCGCCAAGCAGAAGGCGGCCGGCGCCGCGCAGUACGCCAAGGAGACCGUGGUUGCCGGCAAGGACAAGACCGGCGCCCUCCUGCAGCAGGCUGGGGAGACGGUGAUUAACACGGCCGUGGGGGCGAAGGACGCGGUGAUGAACAAGCUGGGAAUGGCCGGUGAGAACAACGACGGCACCGCCACCAACGCCGGCAAGGACACUAGCACCUGCAAGCCUGGCAGGGACCAUUAGAAGAUGGUUGUGUGCUGCUUGUGGUGGCAAACCGUGCUAAGUGCCAAACUGUAUCUCAUUUAGGUUCAACGGUUUAGUUUCAUUUGGACGUGUAUGUCUCUCUUUGGUUUGAUUUCAAGUUGUGUUCGUGUUUUCGGUUGUGGAGAUACACAC